GGAAAUAAACUGCGAAACCGAAAGUUAGAUGACGCCGAUAGAAGUUAAAAAUGGAGGGUUGGAGACAUAGCUUUUAAUUUAUGGUUAUCUUAAGCAGUUGUUUACUGAAUAUGCUCAUUCGGUAAACCAUAGUCAAAGACAGGUAAACCGCUCGUGUUAUGUUUACAGUAGGUUUUACAGUAAGCUUACAGUAACGAGCUACUAACGUGUCGCUAGCACCGUGUGUCUGUCAUUCUGAUACGAAAGCUGCGUCUUUGUGGGUUCGUAGAGUUCUGCUGCUGUGAGAGAGCGUGUUAUACACGGAGACAUGGACGCAGACUCCGAGGUAGAAAGGAUCUUUAGGCAUGAGAGUGAAGAUGAGGAAGAGGAGAAGAAGAAGCACAUGAGGCCUCCUUCUAGUUAUGGUUCAAUGAAGAGCGAAAGUGACAUGGAGACGGAGGAGGAGGAGGGAGGCGUUAGAGAACAGAUCCCUGUAGCAUUACCUGAACCAGCGUCUCAUGACGGGACGGGGAUACAUAUGAAUCGAUCUGCUUCUCCAGAGACGCUCUACACCAUAACAACGCAGCAAACCAAACCACCAGGAGCUGCUGUCUUUGAUACCAGAUCAGAAGACCUGGACAUCUAUCCAGAAGAAGAGGAAGAGGAAGAGGAUCUAGAUGAAUUAUUGAUAACUAAUUCCCCAGAACCACCUGAGCCUGUAGAACCAGAUGACUAUAUGCAGACUGAUGAAAAUGGUCAGCCAGGAAGAUUACACCCCGAACAGGACCUGCCCCAUAUAUUCAAGAGUAUCCAGAGUAUUCUGACAGACCUCACCAAGGAGGAGCUUUUCAAAUUUAAGAUGUGGUUUUACCAGUGGGAACCAGGCAUCACGCUGCAGCAAGUAAUGGAUGGAGACCUUCUUGAUUUUGUGGACAAGAUCCUGGAAGUACUUGAGCAGGAUCGUGCUCUGAUGCAUACGAUAAGCACGUUAGAAAAUGUCAACAAGAAAGAAGAGGCAGAGAAACUACAGAAUGGUUGCCAGAGAUUGCUGAUGCGAUAUCAUCUGAAGCAGUAUUUCAUCAGAAAAUAUCAAGUCAUCCGAGAAGGGGUCGUUCGAGCUGGAAGGCAAAAUCUUUUGGAGACAGUCUUUGUUGAGCCCAAUAUUUCCACCUGUCCUUACGGAGGAGUUGACCCGUCGCACGAGUUCAGACAGGAAUGUCCAACGCCCCUCCAGGUCCCCGGUGCCGACACCUACGUUGGUGUCAAUAAUCUGUUCAGACUAAAGAAGGACGACGGCAGCCUGGUGAGAACAGUGGUGACCACCGGCAUUCCAGGAAUAGGCCGGUCUGUGGUUGUGGGGAAGUUUUGUCUGGAUUGGGCAGAGCUGAAAGCCAAUAGGGAUCUGCAGUUUGUCAUCAGACUUUCAUUUCAAGCGUUCUGGACCCUGCGAAGCAAACCUCCGAUGUCCAUCAUGGAAGUGAUCGAGUAUUAUCAACCUGAGUGCAAAGAUAUGAAGUACCUGGAGGAAGAGGACUGUAAAUUCCUCAUCGUAAUGGACUCAUUCGAUUGUUACCAAGAUGCACUGGAUUGGGAGAAAGCUCCAGUAAUAAACGAUAAUAACACUAAAGCAGACACUAGCACGCUGAUCGUAAACAUCAUCCGAGGCACAGUGCUGCGUGGAGCCCGGGUCUGGAUCCUGGGGAGGGCGGCAGCGGUCUCACAAAUCCCAUCUCAGUUCAUAGACAAGGUCACAGAAAUUCAGGGCUUCAGUAGCGAGAUGGUUGACGACUACAUAACCAGACGCUACGAUGCUGAGUUAGCACAGGAUAUCAAGACCCAUUACAAGCGUCUGCCAUCACUCCAAAUACUUGCUCGCAAUCCCUUUGUCUGCUGGAUGGUGGCCACAGUCUUCGAGCGCUGCUAUCGUUAUGUAGACUAUGGGAAUGUCCCGCCGAGGCUGACGCCGUUCUACGUCAACAUAGUGAUCGUUCAGACUAAUCGCAAGCUGGAGUUCUACUAUGACAAGAAUGAAAAUGACCUGAACUGGUCUGACGAGGACAAAAACCUCCUGAUAAAGAUGGGGAAGAUGGCGUUUAAGAUGCUGGAGAGAAAUGUUGGUGUGUUCUAUGAAGACGAUGUGAAGGAGCAAGGUCUGAAGUUGACAGAAGUGACCAUUCUGUCUGGUCUGUGUACUGAGCUUCCUGCUUCAGCCUCAGAGAAAAGGAGGACGUUCUGCUUCUUACACUUCUCCUUGCAGGAAUUCAUGGCCGCCUUGUACGUCUUCACCAUGUUUCGUACAGAGGGUAAGAACGUCCUGGACUCUGGGGGGUUGCAAAUGCCCAAGUUCCUCACAUCCAAGAAUCAGUCCAAGUCAGGUUUGACAGGCGUCAUCCAGUGUGCCCUGACACGAACCUUCAAAUCGGCGCUGGGCUACUACGACCUGUUCCUACGCUUCCUGUGUGGCAUGCUUUCCACAGACUGCCAUGACGAUCAGCUGCGUGGGUACCUGUACCGCCAAAACGCCCCCAAGGUGGGCGGGCUGGACGAGGCGCAGCGGCUGCUGGAGCAGACCAUAGAGAAAGCUCCGGCAGAUAGAGUGGCCAACCUAAAGGAGUGCCUCAGAGAGAUGAUCCAGGUAGAUGAGUGAGUCACCAUCACUACCGGAGGAGAAGCACUGUCACAGCGGUCUCAAGAUGAGAUAGAAAAAUGAUGUGGAGAACACAGAGCUGAACUGUUUAAAUCCAUGGCAUUUUGGGUUUGAUGACUAUUAGGUCUUAUAUGUUUGAUUUUACUUUAUUUAAGUAUAAAAGGGUUUGUCUGUAAUGUGUAACAGGCCAAAUAAAAUGUAUUCUAUGCAUUUAGCUGCACUGGGCGUAAGGUAGUACAACAUUACGGCUGCCAUGUCUUAAGUUAGCACUAAUUGAAAUGCAUCCUGACGUGGAUGUGCCUCUGCUCAACUACAUAUGUGAUACAUAAUAAAACUCCUCAUAUAUAUAUAUAUAUUUUUUUUAAUGUUUUUUUUAAUUUAGGGGAUGUAAUGUAACAAGAAUUAGAAGAUGUGAAACACUUAACAGAUGUUAUCUCUGCAUUCAAACAUUUCUGCAGAUGUUUCUUUAGGAAUAUGAAAUAAAUCUGUUACUUCUAUGUAAUAGUGAGAGUAAAAUCAUUCUUUCUCAUUAGUCAGGUAUAAAACUACAUUAAACUCUGAAGACUUAAGAAAUAAAAAUAUUUCAGAGUAAAGAAAAUUAAAUGUCUUCAGUGCAAUGUGAAUCAGUGGGUUGUGUGGGAAACAUCAGUGCUGUGUACAUACUAAGCUCCUCUAAUAGCUUAAAUGUCUUUUUAUGGAAAAUGAGCUUUCAGAUUCUGACAAAAAAGACAACAAAGAAUUAUAUUUUGUUUUUGCCAAGAUGUUGUUUACAUUUGUAAGAUUCUCAAAUGAGUAUUUUUUUUGGUGCUUAUGUUGUGAGUAAACACAAUAGUUUAUUAUAUUUAUAGUAUAACUGAUGGUUUAACACAUCUGUAUGUUACUUUCAAUGCCCUGGUGAAAAUCAAGAAUAUUAAAAAAAAGUCACAAAAAGAAGAAUAAAAAUGAGAAUUGUCCGGA